AACUGAGAAAAAGAGAACAAAGUCUAAAAGAUACUGAAAGAUUUUGCUUAGUUUAUAUUCAACUGUCGUUCAAAAAUGAAGUUAUUAUUAGUCUUAUCUGUAUUUAUAAUCUGUGUCAGUUAUACUUUUCAAAAAGUGAAUUAUGUUAAUUGUCCAGAUAUUCAGGAUAUCGAUUCGAAAAUCAAUGAAAAUUGUUAUGAAAUUCGAUGUUCUGUCAAUAAAUUUGGAAGUUUGCGUUUAAAACUUGAUUGUCCAGAAUCAAAAUGUUUAGAAGGUACACAAGUGUCUUAUAAGGAAGUUAACAAUUCCUUGAAAUUUCCAAACUGUUGCGGUGAACCAAUAUGUGAAAAUAAAAUUAACAGUACAUUUUCAAUAAUUUAUUAAUUUUCUAAAUAUUAAUAAAUAUAAUUAAUAAAAAUA